AUGACGGAUUCGAAGUACUUCACCACAAACAAGAAAGGUCUCAGCCGGGCUGGGCCUGGUCAGGACUGGACUGGGAGACCUCGGAGGAAAGCCAGGUUGCUGCUGUCAGUAGUGUUGGUGGACCACUCCCUCUUCCCGGAUGUCGUGAACUGCAUGCAGACGGACAACCUGGAACUGAAGAAGCUUGUGUACCUGUACCUCAUGAACUACGCCAAGAGCCAGCCGGACAUGGCCAUCAUGGCGGUCAACAGCUUCGUGAAGGACUGCGAGGACCCAAACCCCCUGAUCCGGGCGCUGGCGGUGCGGACCAUGGGCUGCAUCCGUGUGGACAAGAUCACGGAGUACCUGUGCGAGCCCCUGCGCAAGUGCCUGAAGGACGAGGACCCGUACGUGCGGAAGACGGCCGCCGUGUGUGUGGCCAAGCUGCACGACAUCAACGCCCAGAUGGUGGAGGACCAGGGCUUCCUGGACUCGCUGCGAGAUCUCAUCGCCGACUCCAACCCCAUGGUGGUGGCCAACGCCGUGGCCGCUCUGUCGGAGAUCAGCGAGUCGCACCCCAACAGCAACCUGCUGGACCUCAACCCCCAGAACAUCAACAAGCUGCUGACGGCCCUCAACGAGUGCACGGAGUGGGGCCAGAUCUUCAUCCUGGACUGCCUCUCCAACUACAACCCCAAGGACGAGCGCGAGGCCCAGAGCAUCUGCGAGCGAGUGACCCCGCGGCUCUCUCACGCCAACUCGGCGGUGGUGCUGUCCGCCGUCAAGGUGCUGAUGAAGUUCCUGGAGCUGCUGCCCAAGGACUCAGAGUACUACAACACGCUGCUGAAGAAGCUGUCCCCUCCUCUGGUCACUCUGCUGUCCGGGGAGCCUGAGGUGCAGUACGUGGCCCUGAGGAACAUCAAUCUCAUCGUGCAGAAGAGACCAGAGAUCCUCAAGCAGGAGAUCAAGGUCUUCUUUGUUAAGUACAACGAUCCCAUCUACGUCAAGCUGGAGAAACUGGACAUCAUGAUUCGCCUGGCCUCCCAGGCCAAUAUCGCCCAGGUCUUGGCUGAGCUGAAGGAGUAUGCCACCGAGGUGGACGUAGACUUCGUGCGGAAGGCUGUGAGGGCCAUCGGGCGUUGCGCCAUCAAAGUGGAGCAAUCGGCCGAGCGCUGUGUGAGCACCCUGCUGGACCUCAUCCAGACCAAGGUCAACUACGUGGUGCAGGAGGCCAUCGUGGUCAUCAGAGAUAUCUUCCGAAAGUACCCCAACAAGUACGAGAGCAUCAUCGCCACGCUGUGCGAGAACCUGGACUCCCUCGACGAGCCGGACGCGCGGGCCGCCAUGAUCUGGAUCGUGGGGGAGUACGCCGAGCGCAUCGACAACGCCGACGAGCUGCUGGAGAGCUUCCUGGAGGGCUUCCACGAUGAGAGCACGCAGGUCCAGCUCACCCUGCUGACGGCCAUCGUCAAGCUGUUCCUGAAGAAGCCAUCUGAGACCCAGGAGCUCGUCCAGCAGGUGCUCAGCCUGGCCACGCAGGACUCAGACAACCCCGACCUGCGGGACAGAGGCUACAUCUACUGGCGCCUGCUGUCCACUGAUCCGGUCACGGCCAAGGAGGUCGUGCUGUCCGAGAAGCCCCUGAUCUCGGAGGAGACGGACCUGAUCGAGCCCACGCUGCUGGACGAGCUCAUCUGCCACAUCGGCUCCCUGGCCUCGGUUUACCACAAGCCCCCCAAUGCCUUUGUGGAGGGAAGCCACGGUAUCCAUCGCAAGCACCUGCCCAUCCAGCACGGCAGCAUCGACACAGGGGAGAGUCCCGUGGGCACCAGCCCUGCCCCCCCACUGGAUCAACCACAGGUCAUUCCCUCACAGGGCGACCUCCUGGGAGACCUCCUCAACCUGGACCUGGGCCCCCCCGUCAACGUGCCGCAGGUCUCCUCCAUGCAGAUGGGGGCUGUGGACCUCCUGGGCGGGGGGCUGGACAGCCUGAUGGGAGAGGACACACAAUGGCUCGGUGGCGACCUGGGAGGAGGUGUUGGGGGAAGUCCUGCUGUGGGGCAGAACUUCAUCCCGUCCUCGGUGCCCAACACCUUCGCGCCCUCGCCCACUCCGGCGGCGCUCAGCAGCGGCCUGAAUGACCUCUUCGAGCUGUCCACGGGCAUGGCCAUCACCACCGGGGGCUACGUGUCUCCGAAAGCGGUGUGGCUGCCCGCUGUGAAGGCAAAGGGUCUGGAGAUCGCAGGGACCUUCUCUCGCAGGCAGGGCCACAUGUACAUGGACAUGACCUUCACUAACAAGGCACUGCAGCACAUGACGGACUUUGCCAUCCAGUUCAAUAAAAACAGUUUCGGGGUGAUCCCCACCACACCCCUGCCCGUACACACCCCGCUGAUGCCCAGCCAGAGCAUCGACAUCUCGCUGCCCCUCAACACCAUUGGUCCUGUGAUGAAGAUGGACCCCCUGAACAACCUCCAGGUGGCGGUGAAAAACAACAUUGAUGUCUUCUACUUCAGCUGUCUCAUUCCUCUCAACAUCUUCUUUGUGGAGGAUGGCAAGAUGGAGCGCCAAGUCUUCCUGGCAACCUGGAAGGACAUUCCUAAUGAAAAUGAACUUCAGUACCAGAUCAAAGACUGCCACUUAAGUGCAGACGCCGUCUCUGGAAAGCUGCAGAAUAACAAUAUUUACACCAUUGCCAAGAGGAAUGUGGAAGGGCAGGACAUGCUCUACCAGUCUCUGAAGCUCACCAAUGGGAUCUGGAUCCUGGCAGAGCUCCGCAUCCAGCCUGGGAACCCCAAUUACACACUGUCCCUGAAGUGCCGCGCUCCUGAGGUCUCCCAGUACGUCUACCAGGUGUACGACUCCGUCCUGAAGAACUAGAGCCUGCCAGAGCCCACCUGCCGAAGGAGGGGGGUGUGGAGACCGUGAACAAACUCGUUUCUCUCAUCUUUUUUUUUAUAUGUUCUACUUCUGUUUCCUUCAUCACAAGGCACUGAAAGUUCAGAACAGACGCACACAAAAGCAGACGUGCGCUGUGAACUGUGAUUGGAAGAGCGUUGCCCAUGCAGGAGUAGUUGAUAUCCUCCAUUCAGCCGUCCAUUUUUUCUUUUCUUCUGUCUUUCUGUUUUGCCAGGUUUCGCUCUGACACUUACAAUAAUUCAGGUAAUCGGUAAAUAUUAGCCCCCCAGCGCACACCCAGAGACAUUGAAAGGGAAGAGCUGCGCUGGUCUGGGCUCUGAGGUGCCAGUGGCUCUUAUGUGCUUAGUGGGGAAUUAGCAGAUGCAAAUGAGUGCAUUUUGUUGCGAGUCAGGAGUGAAACCGCAGAAAGACAGGGGUGAUAUGAACCACUCUCUUAUUCUUACUAGUGUUCUUAACCACUGUGUAUACCACUGUUUAAAGUAGCUGUUUUGUGAUUAUGCAGGUAUGUGUCAUCUUUUAUUCUAUGUGUCUUUUUGGGGGAUUUUAUUUUUUCCUUUUCUUAAUAAUUUCCACUGGCUUGUACAUACAGAUCCAUUGCCCUGCUCCUGGCCUGCUGCCAUUCGCUUGUCCUUCCCAUCCUUCCUCAUAUUGCCUCUGCAGUAGCAUUCAGGCGACUGUGCCAGCUUCCCUCCCAGCUCUGUCGUGUCAGGGGUAGAUGUGGAGCAUUCGGUGAUUCUGGUGCUGAAGUUCUCGCCCCUUUGAUCACAGUCCUGGCCCCUCAACGAGGCCGGUGAGGAAGUAGCACUAUUAGCUCAGCUUGAACUUCAUUGUGUAUUGCUAGGCGUAUACUCUACUGCCAGUGUAGCAUUCCAGUACUGUAAAUCUUUUGCAAAUAAUAUCUGGUUGCCAGUUUUACAACAGGUUGCAUAAAGCAAGCGCUCGUAAGAGAGCUGGUCACACAUUUAAUUAACAGAAAACGGCAUUGAAUACUAGAGUCCUCUGCCUACCUGCUGUGCGGUCAUGUGCCUAUUGCCCAUACAGCUGAAAGCUGAGAGGACAGUCUCAUCUCCGUUCUCAUCUGCCUCCAUUUCCUCUCCCGUUGUUUGUUUCAAGAAUUAAUUCCUGGAAAAGGUCCCGAUUGGCGCUGUUUCUUUUGUGAUCCUGGCUUCGUUUGGGGUGGUGGGGUGUGAUUAGGUGAAAAUCUCCAGAUUCGUUCCGGCUCUGAUCCGAGUGGGAUCCAAAUACAGCUUCUCCAGGGAUGAGUGGAUCUUGGCUCACUGUCUCGUGUUAAUAGCAGGAAAGAGUUUAUCUGGUUCUCUCUCCGUCUGCUGGGUUCCCCCUCUCAGUUUUCUCAGUUGCAAUUGCAAAUGUAAAACUUUGGCUCAGAGUCUUGCCAUAGUUAAAUCAAGUCUUUCAUCAUCACUAAGGACUUGUCCAAACAGAACGCCAGAGGCGUUGUCCUUCCUGGCCUUGCUGUCAAACGCACCAAUGAUGUUUUGAGUGGAAAUAUUCAGUAUCCUGCCAACAUAUUACUGUUCGAUUGUACUCUAGCGAGUUGCCAAGUGUCAAGUGCUGGUUUUAUGCUUCCUUCUGCGUUCACCCUUUUUCUUCAGCAGUAUCAUACUUUGUCCAUUCAAUGGUAGAUAUCCAGAAUGCAAUUCAAUGGCGUGUUGUUUUCUGUGCUUAAAGCAUAAGGAAAUGUUGUAGAUCAAGGUCCAGGGUAUUGAAACAGAUGUGUUAAGCAACUUGGGUCUCUUUGCUGAGUCGGGAGCACUUCAGAGAAAGGUCCCCAAAGGGUCUGUGGGCAGGUUGUGUGCAUAUGUUCACCAGUAGUGUUUGUUAUUCUAGAUCUGGGCUUCAAAGUAGCAUGAGAUUUCAGUGGCCUUGUACCAAGUCCUCCAACGUGAACGUGAUCUAUAUAAUUUAAAAAUACACUUAUGAAAAUAAUGAAAAAAAUUUGCUUGAUGGACGUAGUGAAGUAUACAGAUGUCAGACUUAAGCGUAAUAAAAAAUGAACACAUAAGGUACAGAUUGUAACGUGUGACCUAACUCUUCCUGUCUUUCUGCCAUUGUUAUCUAUGUGCCUGUAAGCCUGCAUGUGAACAUGCUCCUGUGAGCCUAGCUUAGAUUUUUGUUAAAACUUUUAUUUCCGUGCUAUAAGUCCAGGGGUUCAACUAACGCAGCUGGCUGGGAAAGGAUCAGGCUGACCCUCAACACAAGGUCGUUCCCCCGUGAACCCUUUUAAACAGUUCGGAGCUUUGCGUUUAUAGAAUUCCUAACUUCUGUAUUCAAGUGUACAGCCCAUCACAAAAGAGAGAGUUCUGGUUUUAUCUUCCUUUCUUUCCCAGGUUGGAAUCAAAAAUGUUUUGACUCUGCUGGGCAUGACAAAAACCCAGGAUGUAAUUUCAUUACGUCCAGCAGAUAUUCAAAACAGUUUAGUGCACCGUGUUCGGGAUCAGAUUACCAACAUAAGGAAACAUGCCUUUUUAUGAUUUUAGAUUUUUAGAAUAUUUUAAAGCUAAUAAAUCUGGUCAGUCUUGCUUUAGGUCAGUUCUUCUUAAACUCAUUUAAGUAUUCAUCCUGGCUCACAGCUGCCCUGCCUGGGUGGUUGCAGAGUACUGAAGACACCGAGUAUGGACACUGUUUCUGUCCAGAUGGGGUUCUCCGGCCAGUGUUGUACUGUGGUGUGGAACCUGACAGAGGUCAUGGGUGAGCUGUGAACAGAUGCAUUACCUUGAAGUCACACACAGACAUGACAGAGGCUCUGAUCUCUUCCCAUCUGCUCUUGCGUGUUACUUGAUCUCCUGGUUUGCCUCAUUCUCAUCUUGUCUUAUACCUGCUGCCUAUACCUUUUUUGACGUUGUUUUAUAACCAUGACCAAUGUGUAACUAUAUCGCCAUUUUCAAUAAACUGUCCUGUCUAUAGGAAA